AUGAUAAAAAUGAUCAAAUAGUUGAAUAGCUAAUGUAUUGGUAUCGGAGAACAAUAAAUCGAAUGCUCAGAUUAGGAAGUAGGACUAGAUGACAUUCCCUAAAAUCUAAUAAAUUAUUUAGAAUUGUAAACUAAUUACCCUCAAUCACUAUAACUAUGCUAACCAAUUUCAAAGGAGGAUUUAUAGAUGAUUGAGCAAUAGAUAUGCCAUAUUAUCCAAGCCUAAGAUUUAGUAACAAAUUAAGAAUGUUCUGAAUUCUAAGAUUUCCAAAUAUCUUAAUAGGAGAGAAAACAACAGCUAAUUUUAAAAUAUAAAAAAAUAUUUAUCAAACUCAACAAUUUCAAUUAUCCACUUUAGAAUAGCCUAAUGUUGCAAUUAUAAUUUCCAAAUUAUUUGAGAAUUACUCUAUAAAUUUUUAAAAAAGUAACUCAAACAACACAAUUAUCCAAUAAUAUCAUUUAGUUUAUCAUUAAUUAUGCUUAGAAUAAGUAAUUAGAGUAACCUUAUGUUGAAUUGUCAUCAAAGAUUAUAAAAUUAUGUAAAGAAUUUGAUAAUUUGGAUUAAUUUCAAUUAGUAAAUUAGGAAAAUUUGUUGAGUAGAUAACCGAAUGAUGAGCCAAACUUAUAAAAUACCAUAUGGACAAGAUAAUAAAUGAUUUAAUGCUUGAUACUUUACACUAUUGUGAGAUGUGAACUAUUAAUUUUUAAUCAAAAAACUAAAAUCUCAUUAAAUUAUGAAUAAAAUAUAGCAAAUAUUUCUAAACAUAUCAAUAUGUGUACUUAUGAUUAUUCUUGGAGUGAAAAUUGUUUAGGUAACAUUAGAGAUUACCAUCCUAAGUUAGCAAAGAAACUUAAUAAACGUUACUCAACUGUUAGGAAUCUAGAAACUAGUUAUGAAAAAUAAAUAAGCAUAGCUAUAUUCAAUUAUACCUAAUCCUUAUUAGGUUAUUUCCAUCAUCAUUAUUCAUAUUCCUCGAUGUAAUUAGAUCAAGAUGUCAAAGACAAAAUCAAAUCUAUACUAAAUGGAAAGAUAACAGAUUGCGAUUUAAGUUUAGUUAUAAUUGUAGCAAAUGCAGUAAUGUUUGUCUAAAUUUUAUACGCUUUAAAAUGA